AUGCCGCCCCGCGCAAAACCCACCGCGCCCGCAACACGCAGCACACGCUCGACGCGGCCGGCAGCGAAGACGGUGGUGCAGCCAAAGAACAAGACAACGACGGUAGCAGUGCCACCAGCACCCAGUACUAGUACAAAGAGUAAGAAACGUGCCCGCGACGACACAGACGACGGUGGUGCAGAUAGAGGGGGGGGUAGCGGCAAGAAGAGGCGUGCUGGACACGAUGGGUCAGCAGUAGUAACAAAACCAGCAGCGCUGCGGUCAUUACCCCCACCAAGCACCGCACCCACGACCACACCGCCGCACAAAUCCACAGCGGCAGAGACACAAGCAGGGGCAGAGACAUCGCCGUCCAAGCGCCUCAAGUUCGACCCCGACGUGCACGGCAAGGAGCUGCAGGAGCGCUUCCUCCAGCUGCAGGAAGACCUCUUCGAGAAACUCGUCUCGCCACGGAAGGGGUCAGCAAGCGUCGAGCCAACAACCCACGCACCAAACCCCAAUCCCAAGCUCAACGCCAAAUCCAAUCCCAAGCCAAAGCUCAAGUCGAAACUCAAUCCCAAGUCCAAACCAAAGCCCAAGCCCAGAAUCCCACCCACCACCCGCCCCGCGCCCACCCCUGCGCAGCCACUAACACUCACGGAGCGCCUCCACCGCCUCGCCGCCAACCCCGCCGCUACCACCAGCACCACUACCAGCACCACCACGACCAGCAUCCUCCCCGUGCGCCCCGCCGCCGUAAAGUCCUCCAAGCCGCUCACAAAGCCGUCAUUCGAGCUCCCCGGCGACGCACACAUGAAGAAGCGCGCCGCCGAGCGCGAGGAGCGGCGCAAGCGCAUGGAGGACGCUGCAGCGGAGCGGGAGGCCGCGAAGCGCGCCGGGAGGGCUGUUGUGGCGGGCAAAGCGGGGGGGUCUCGCGCUGGUAGCGCUGCACCGGGGAAGAGUGCUGCGACGGCGCCGGUACCAAUACAGCAGCCAACGCCAGCGUCGAUGUCGAUGUCGUCGCUGUCGCCCGUGAAGCUGGCGUCGGCAUUGAUACCCUCGUUUGUGUCGCGCGGCAUCACGGCCGUCACGGGACUGGGCGGCGGGCGCUCCCCCGCGCCCGCGUCCACGCCUAAAUCAGCAGCGUCCCCCCCACCAACACCAGCAGCAGUGCCAGAAUCCGCACCAUCACCCAGGCCAGCGUCCGCGCAGCCUGACGAGCCCCCAGCAGCACAAGAACCGACCAGUACAGCGGAUGCGCAGCUCAGCAGCGAGGAGGAGGAAGCGCAGGUGCUACGGCUGCGCGCCGAGGCCGCUGAGAAGGGGAGGGAGUCGGCGAGGGUGUGGGCGGAGCAGAUGAGGGGGAGGCAGCUGGAGAUGGAGCGCGGGGGUGGUGCGUCGUGA